AUGGUAGGGCAGGGUGAGCGGCUGGCGGGCAGGCCGGGCGGCUGGCGGGCAGGGCAGGCGCUCAGACACAGUGGCAGUUUACGUCACCUCCUGCUUGUGCUCACUCAGAUCUUUGUGAAGGCAGCUGGGGAGGGCAGCGAGGGUGACCCUGACCACCUCCUUCCUGCUGCAGAUCACCUGCUGCUGAGUCAAGAGGCAGGCGGCCCCUCCCCUGUGCCCAGCCGGCCUGACGCAACAGCUGCCAUUAGACCCGCCCAUCAGGAGGGCAGCUCAGAGCAGGAGGAGGAGAGGUUCAUUCACAGGACCAGCCGUCAGCUGAGCCGGCAGAAAGCCAAUAAGGAGUGGCAAGUCCUUGGAGCCGGGCACCAGAUGGGAGAGGACGUGUCUUUCUCUUUGCAGCCUCCUCUGGUCCAAGCCAUCUUCAACCGCGAUAUAGAGGAGGUGCGGUCGUUGCUGAACCAGAAAGAGAAUAUCAAUAUAUUGGACCAAGAACGACGAACCCCACUGCAUGCUGCUGCCUACUUAGGAGAUGUCCCAAUCAUUGAGCUCCUAAUACUGUCAGGUGCUAACGUAAAUGCAAAGGACACUGUUUGGCUAACCCCGCUGCAUCGCGCCGCAGCUUCUCGCAAUGAGAAGGCACUUAACCUCCUCCUGAAGCACUCGGCGGACGUCAACGCCCGCGAUAAGUACUGGCAAACGCCGCUCCACGUCGCCGCUGCCAAGUGCGCCAUCAAGUGCGCAGAGGCCAUCAUCCCCCUGCUGAGCAGUGUGAACGUGGCAGAUCGCACGGGCCGCACGGCGCUGCACCACGCCGUGCACAGCGGCCACAUCGAGAUAGUGAACUUGCUCUUAAACAAGGGGGCCAGCCUGAGCACGUGUGACAAGAAGGAGCGUCAGCCCAUCCACUGGGCAGCCUUCCUAGGGCAUUUGGAAGUUCUGAAGCUGCUGGUGGCCCGGGGAGCUGACGUCAUGUGCAAGGAUAAGAAGGGUUACACCUUGCUCCACACCGCGGCAGCCAGUGGCCAGGUCGAGGUUGUGAAACACCUGCUGAGGCUGGGAGUCGAGAUCGAUGAACCCAAUUGCCUUGGGAACACUGCACUUCACAUCGCCUGUUACAUGGGCCAGGACGCCGUGGCCAAUGAGCUGGUCAACUACGGCGCCAACGUCAAUCAGCCCAACGAGAAGGGCUUCACCCCUCUGCACUUUGCUGCCGUCUCCACCAACGGGGCCCUUUGCCUGGAGCUCCUUGUGAACAAUGGAGCCGACGUGAACUUUCAGAGUAAGGAAGGGAAGAGCCCUUUGCAUAUGGCUGCCAUUCACGGACGGUUUACACGUUCUCAGAUCCUCAUACAGAACGGCAGCGAGAUAGACUGUGCUGACAAAUAUGGCAAUACCCCCCUCCAUGUUGCUGCUAGACACGGCCACGAGCUGCUAAUUAGUACUUUGAUGACGAAUGGUGCUGACACUGCAAGGCGUGGAAUCCACGACAUGUUCCCUCUGCACUUAGCUGUUCUCUUUGGAUUUUCAGACUGUUGUCGUAAGCUACUUUCCUCAGGUCAGCUGUACAGCAUCGUCUCCUCACUGAGCAACGAGCACGUGCUGUCCGCGGGUUUCGAUAUCAACACGCCUGACAACCUUGGGAGGACGUGCCUCCAUGCUGCUGCUUCGGGAGGGAACGUUGAAUGUCUUAAUUUGCUGUUGAGCAGCGGUGCUGACUUGAGGAGGAGAGAUAAAUUUGGAAGGACUCCACUGCACUACGCGGCUGCCAAUGGCAGCUAUCAGUGUACGGUGACGCUGGUCACCACCGGAGCCAGUAUUAACGAGACGGACUGUAAAGGCUGCACUCCCUUACAUUAUGCUGCUGCUUCGGACACGUACAGGAGAGCGGAGACUCAUUCAGGAAACAGCCAUGACACUGACGAGGAGCCACUGAAGGAGUCCAGAGUGAAGGAGGCAUUCUUUUGUUUAGAGUUCUUACUGGAUAACGGUGCGGACGCGUCGCUCCGGGACAAGCAGGGAUACACCGCUGUCCACUAUGCAGCUGCCUACGGCAAUAGACAGAACCUCGGAUGCGUCACACAGCACAGCACGCUGGUGGCGCUGCCCGUGGUGGCCAGAACGGAGAAGCAAUACAACCUGAAGGGUUUACUGUGGCUUGUUUUGUUGCAGCUCCUGGAAAUGUCUUUUAACUGCCUGGAGGACGUGGAAAGCACCAUCCCAGUCAGCCCUUUGCACUUAGCUGCCUAUAACGGUCACUGUGAAGCCCUAAAGACACUUGCCGAAACCCUCGUGAACCUUGACGUGCGGGACCACAAAGGGCGGACGGCGCUGUACCUUGCCACGGAGAGGGGCUCCACGGAGUGCGUGGAGGUGCUCACCAGCCACGGUGCUUCCGCCCUUGUGAAGGAGAAGAAGAAGAAGUGGACGCCGCUCCAUGCUGCAGCUGCCUACGGGAACACAGAUUCCCUACACCUUCUGAUCGACAACGGGGAGAGGGCGGAUAUCACCGACGUUAUGGACAUCCACGGCCAAACCCCACUGAUGCUGGCGAUCAUGAACGGCCACGUCGACUGCGUCCAUCUCUUGCUGGAGAAGGGAUCCACAACAGAUGCAGCGGACAGGAGAGGCAGGACUGCGCUGCAUCGAGGGGCGGUGACGGGGUGUGAGGACUGCCUGGGAGCCCUGCUGGACCACGAUGCCUUUGUAUUGUGUCGGGAUUUCAAGGGUCGAACCCCGAUCCAUUUUGCGUCGGCGUGUGGGCAUUCAGAAAUCCUGAGGACCUUGCUGCAGGCAGCGCUCUCUACUGACCCUCUGGACUCCGUGGUCGAUUACAGCGGCUACUCGCCGAUGCACUGGGCUUCGUACAGCGGACAUGAAGAUUGUCUUGAAUUGUUACUUGAACACAAUCCAUUUGUGUACCUAGAAGGAAACCCCUUUACUCCAUUGCACUGUGCAGUAAUUAACAGCCAGGAAGGCACUGCUGAAAUGCUGGUGGAAGCAUUGGGUGCCAAGAUUGUUAAUAGCAGAGAUGCCAAAGGAAGGACACCCCUUCACGCUGCUGCCUUUGCAGACAACAUCCACGGUUUACAGCUGCUGCUGCGUCACCAGGCUGAGGUAGACACGACUGACCAGUUGGGAAGGACCCCUCUCAUGAUGGCUGCUGAGAACGGGCAGACCGCAGCAGUCGAGUUCCUGCUGUAUAGAGCGAAAGCAAAUUUAACUGUGCUGGACGUCAACAAGAACACGGCUCUUCACCUGGCCUGCAGCAAGGGUCAUGAAAAGUGUGCCUUGUUGAUUCUGGGGGAAACCCAAGACCUUGGCCUUAUCAAUGCAACUAACAGUGCUCUGCAGAUGCCGCUCCAUAUUGCAGCUCGGAACGGGCUGGCCUCUGUUGUCCAGGCCUUGCUCAGCAGAGGCGCCACUGUACUUGCUGUGGAUGAAGAAGGUCACACCCCGGCCUUGGCUUGCGCCCCCAACAAGGACGUUGCAGACUGCCUGGCACUUAUCCUCUCCACCAUGAAGCCUUUUCCACCUAAAGACGCCAUCAGCCCUUUCAGCUUCAACCUCCUCAAGAACUGCGGCAUUGCGGCCAAAACAGCGGCCUGCGGGGCCCUGCCCAACGGCAGCACGUGCCCCUACACCAAGGACCGGCACAAUGCUAUCGGCUUAGACGGCUGUUACUCGGAGUAGCUUAAACUAUGGGUAUCUAAUAUCUUCUUCUAUUUAUUUAGAAAUUCUAUAAAUAUAGGGCACUUUAAAGGAGAACAAGACUGGACAGGCCUUCACACAGGGCUUGGCAACCGACAUUAUAGCUUCCUUUUCUGCCUAGGCCCUCGGUUGCCGGCAGCUAAUUGACUUAAUGAGCGGCUGGCAAAGAGCCUUUCCCUUCCCCCCGUUCAGUGCGGGCGAACCCCUCCUGGAGCGACGGCUGGCAAAAGCAGCCCCGUUGCAUUAGCACAGCUGGGCCCGGGCAGGGGCCAGGGAAUGUUUCAGGUUUUCUGAAAAAGGGACUUUCUGAUUUCUAACUUCCUGUUUCUAGAACUAACCUCUCCCCGUUGGGAAGCUCCUUAGGAGGGCAGCCCUGCUUGGUUCUUCUGCAGUGCCCUCCUCCCGUCACCACACCCGCGGGGCCAGGGCUGCCGCUGGGUUUCGUCUCUUGGUGACCGCUGAGCUCUGAGGAGGCAGUGAUCAAACAGCCUUACAGAGCUGCUCGUUGAGAGGCGGCUUCUCCGCCAUUAGGAAUUGGAUUGCCAAUUCCUUUCACCCAGGAGCUGGGAAGAACGUUUGGUCCCUCCCAGCCCUGAGUUUGGAUUGACUUUGGAGCCAGUUUUAUUUCAAAUCCUCCACCUGGAACUUCCCUUCCUGCCUGUCCAACCCUCCGCUUUCUUUUCAGUUCCCCUCCCAUGCCCCCGACUCUGCAGCGUGCCGGCUCUGUUCAUUCCACAGUUGCACAGUCUAACCAGAAAGCGGAAACUUGAACUUGGGGGCGGGAAUUAGACAAGCGAGCGACUGCUGAGUGUUGGGCAUUAGCACCUGGGCAAGUGCCACUGUAACUGCUCCUUCAUCUGAAUUGUUUUGUUUUCGUGCUCAUCCUUUGAUUCCAAUAAGAACACUUGAAUCCCGAACUACUGUACCCAGGACAUUGAGAUAACCGCUGGCAGCUCUCACUCCUUCAUAUGCAAAAACGGGUGCUACUGUCCAUCGGCCGCGGUCUGCUCCGAACCCCACGUUUGCACUGCUGGAAUAUUCCCUCCCCACACCAGGCACUUUAGGGAUUCUAAUUUUUUUCUUCUUUUGGCAAAAUGUUGGAUCCUGAGAGGCGAUUCCUUCUUAAGUUUUGUUCCUCUCCGUAUUGCGCGGCCAUUCCCAUGUGAGAGUCCGUCAGUGUUGCUUUUUAAAAAUUUAUUUAUAACGAAAUGAGCUUUUACCUUAAAAAAAAAAAAAAACACACAAAAAAAAAGUUUUAACCUUUUAAGGAAAAAAAUGCACUUCAAAGUCCUUAUUCACAACCCUAAGUCUGUAUUUAUUUUUCUAAUGUGGCAUCUUGGCAGGUUUUAUUAGCGUGUGUGUAUGUGGGAUUGGUGUUUUCAUUUAAGUGUUGUUGGUUUUUUUUUAAUUUUAAAAAUCCUAUUUAUAAUGCAUGUUUUAAACAUUCAAGAAUGUGCACUACUUUUUUUUUAAUUACUGUAACAGUAUCAUGUGCAAAAAAAAAAAAAAAAAAA